AUGGAUGGAGCGAGGAGAGAAUCUGAAAAUGGGUCUUUGCUGAUAGAUGCCUCCUCGCAUUGGCCACCGGCGGACCCCUUCUCCCGACCACUGGGCUUCAUUGAAUUCUGGAAUUUCCACCUGCUCUCUGCUCUGAUGUUCCUGGUCACCUCCUUGUCCCUGUUUGAAAAUUUUAUUGUCAUCUUCAUCACCGUAAAAUUCAAACAGUUGAGGCAACCUCUCAACUACGUCAUUGUGAAUCUCUCCGUGGCCGACUUCCUGGUCUCUCUGGUUGGGGGCACAAUCAGCUUCCUGACUAACCUGAAGGGUUAUUUUUAUAUGGGCCAUUGGGCGUGCGUCCUGGAAGGCUUCGCGGUCACCUUCUUUGGGAUCGUGGCCCUCUGGUCUCUUGCGCUGCUGGCAUUUGAGCGCUACGUUGUAAUUUGCCGCCCCCUGGGAAUUGGGCACUUCAAGGGGAAGCAUGCCGCCCUGGGAAUAGCCUUCGUGUGGGUUUUCUCCUUGAUCUGGACCAUCCCUCCAACAAUGGGAUGGAGCAGCUACACUCCCAGCAAGAUUGGGACCACUUGUGAACCCAACUGGUAUUCUGGAGAAUAUAACGACCAUACUUUCAUCAUUACCUUCUUCAGCACCUGCUUCAUAAUGCCCUUGCUGGUUAUUUUGGGGUCCUAUGGAAAACUGAUGCAGAAACUUAGAAAGGUUUCAGACGCUCAAGGCAGAUUAGGGUCUGUACAGAAGCCGGAAAGACAAGUUGCCAGAAUGGUGGUGAUCAUGAUCCUUGCUUUUUUAAUCGGCUGGGCUCCAUACGCGGCCUUUUCCAUCCUGGUCACCAGCCGCCCCUCCAUUGAACUGGAUCCUCGCCUUGCUGCCAUCCCAGCCUUCUUUUCCAAAACAGCCACAGUUUAUAAUCCAGUCAUCUAUGUCUUCAUGAACAACCAGUUCCGGAAAUGUCUAAUUCAGCUGUUCUGGUGCCGUGGACAAGAGACUGCAGACAGCAACAUGAAUCAGAUUUCAAAGAGAAGAGCGCUAAUGCCUACCAAAAUGGGGGACGAGGUCUUCACGGUCGCAGCUGGUGUGAUUGUCUUCAACCAGAGAAACGAAGAGGAGAGAAGCAGCUGACAAUCUUUCGCUUGGCUCUCCGUUUCGGAAAGCGAAAUCUGUCCGAUGCGGCUAUCUCACUUCCUGUGUGGAUGGAGUCAGAAUCCUACCUUCCUUUAUCAUUUCCAUUCAAAAAGGGCAGGCAAGACCAAAACAGAUAAGAGAUAAUCUUCCAACAGGAUUUAUUGCAACAUUUAACUGACAUCCAUUUGAGCUGUUAUCUAUUUCCAGUUUGUUACAACCAGACUAACUCCAGCUGGUCCGAGGCAGCUUUCUGUAGCGGUCAAGGUGCUGGUCUGGAAGCCAGGAGAUUAUGUGAUCUAGUCAGUGGUGGGAUUCUACCAGUUUGCACCAGUUCGGGCAAACCUGUAGCUCUGAGGAUCAGCUGGGAGCAAACCGGUUCGCUCCCAUGAGCAAGUGGCCCCCCCCCGCCCCCCACCCCCGUGGUUUACUGACCUUUAUCUUUUCAACUGAGUCUUGUGGCAGAGUGGGUUGUUUUCCUCGGCUGUUUUCCUUUCCAAGCAGCAAUCCGAAAGGCA